AUGGCGACUCUUCUACCUCCCCCGUCGAAGCGUCAGAGGACGGAGACCGCUGAGCGGGCCCGUCAGCAGCAGGAGAUCCAGAGUAUCCCAGAGAAUUUGGGUAGCAUUCGUGUGCAAUUCUUCGACCAGGCGACGGGAUCUGCGACCGGGCCGGCGGUGUCCGUUCCAGUCGCUGAUGCCAGUGUGAAGAAUCUCGAGACUCUGUUGAAUACGUUACAAGGCAAUGAAGAAGAUGAGCGAGUACCGUACCGGUUUACAUACCAAUCCGAUGGCAAAGACAAGAACGACCAGACAAUCGAUAUCCUCUCCGACCUGUAUCACUCCCUUUUGAAGCCCGGCUUGAAGACGACCGAAGAUACUGUACAUCUUUACUUCACUCCCCAGGCUGUGUUCCGCGUCAAGGCCGUCUCGCGAUGCUCCGCCUCGAUCGCCGGACACGGCGAGGCAAUUCUUGCGACCAGCUUCUCCCCUGUCAACUCAUCCACAAUGGUCACCGGCAGCGGUGACUCCACAGCUCGCGUCUGGGAUUGCGAUACUGGAACGCCUCUGCACACCUUGAAGGGACAUACCAGCUGGGUGCUGGCGGUCAGCUACUCGCCUAACGGCGCCAUGAUUGCGACGGGAAGCAUGGACAACACUGUGCGCUUCUGGGACGCAAAGAAGGGCACCCCAUUGGGCGCGCCCUUGAAGGGACACGCCAAAUGGAUCACCAGUCUGGCCUGGGAGCCAUACCAUCUCCAGCAGCCCGGCCGGCCGCGCCUGGCGUCCGCAUCCAAGGACUCGACGGUCCGCAUAUGGGACGUGGUCUCGAAGCGCAUCGACACCGUCCUCACCGGGCACAAGGGCUCGGUGACCUGCGUCCGCUGGGGCGGAACCGGAAAUAUCUACACUGCAUCUCACGACAAGACUAUCAAGGUGUGGAAUGCUCAGAACGGCACCCUGAUCCAGACCCUUUCAGCGCACGCCCACCGCGUUAACCACUUGGCCCUGUCUACCGACUUUGUCCUCCGCACUGCCUACCACGACCACACCGGCAAGGUGCCGCAGGCGGAUGCCGAGAAGGUCGCGGCAGCCAAGCAGCGGUUCGAGCAGGCGGCGACCAUCAACAACAAGAUUGUCGAGAAGCUUGUGUCAGCGAGUGACGACUUCACCAUGUACCUGUGGGAACCUGGGAAUUCCAGCAAGCCCGUUGCGCGACUGCUGGGACACCAGAAGGAGGUGAACCAUGUGACGUUCUCGCCGGACAUGGCGUACAUUGCGUCGGCGGGAUUCGACAACCACGUUAAGCUAUGGAACGCGCGUGACGGAAAGUGA